AAACAAUAAUCAAAAGUGGGAGAAAAAAAAUAAAAGAAAAGAAAAAACCCUAAAAACUAAAUCUCACCUUCCUCUGUUUUUUUUUUUUCACUGUUUCUCAAAGAAAAAAAAAAUCAAUGGAUCCAUCUCUGUCUAUAUCGAGUGAUCAUCACCAUCCUCCUCAGUUCACUCCAUUCCAUCCAUAUCCCACCUCCAACAACCCCUUCGUCUCGGCUCCGAAUCCGAAUCAUCCCCUUUUCGCUGGACAAUCGGUUAACCAGAAUCCAUACAACAACCAUGUCUUCCAACCGCAGCCGCCUCCGCAACCGCAAACGCAAACGCCUCCUUCUCAGGGAGCUCCUCUUCCUCCCCAUCCUUCCCUCAACCACCCUCCUUACUCCCAAAUGAUUUGCGCAGCGAUUGGGGCUUUAAACGAACCAGAUGGUUCAAGCAAGAUGGCAAUUUCAAGGUACAUCGAGAGAUUCCAACCCGUUUUACCUCCUUCUCACGGAGCUCUAUUGACCCACCAUCUCAAAACCUUGAAGAACAGUGGCGUGCUUGCCAUGGUGAAGAAAUCCUACAAGCUCGCUGGUUCUUCUCCUCCUCCGGUGAGUGCUGUGGCUGCUUCAGGUCUGGAAGUUCCCAGAUCUGAGACUCCUCCGAGUAACACCGGUCCCUUACCCUUUGAUCCGGUGGCUGUCUCUGCUUCUGGCUCUGUUUCUCAGCCUCUGAAGCGAGGUCGUGGACGACCUCCAAAACCUAAACCCGAAGGUCAACAACAACCAAGCGUUGUUGCUCAACCCAAUACCUCCCAGUCUAACGGACUGCCAAGCUUGGAACAACAACAACACGAAUUGCCUGUCACAAAUCCGACCGAAGUGGGUUCGGAGUCUGCAAAGAGACGACCUGGUCGUCCAAGGAAGAACGGAGCUGCUCCAAUCGUUCAAGCUGCGGUUAUGGCUGGAAUCAUGAAACGAAGAGGCAGACCACCGGGUCGUAGAGCUACUGGGAGACAGAGGAAGCCCAAAUCUGUCUCGGCUACUGCCUCUGUGUUUCCUUACGUCGCUAACGGUGCUAGGCGCAGAGGAAGGCCGAGAAGAGUUGACUCUAGCGGCGGCAUCGCAGCUGCUCCUGCAGGUGGAGAAGUGGUUGCGGUUGCGCCGGGGAUGAAGCGUGGACGAGGACGGCCACCUAAGAUCGGUGGUGUUAUGAAUAGGCUUAUUACGAAGCCAAAGCGUGGACGAGGACGUCCCGUAGGCAGACCCAGAAAGAACACAACAUGGCCAGUCACUGGAGCUACUGGGACACAAGAACCUGCCUAUGGAGAACUCAAGAGAAAGCUUGACUUCUUUAAAGAGAAAGCAAAAGAAAUCUUGAACGUGUUGAAAGCUGGGGUUACAAGCAGCGACAAUCAUGCAGUGGUGCAAGCCAUGGAAGAGCUGGAAGGACUAAUACCGAUGUUGACUGUUGAGCCACAAGCCAUGGAAGAAGUGCAGCCAGAAGAGGCAGCACCACAGCCGGAAACUCAAACUGAAGCUGAAACACAAGGAGAAGAACUGGGACAAGAAAGGGAAGGAGGAGGAGGAGAACAAGCACAGACCCAGACCCAGACAGAAGCGGAGGCAAUGCAAGAAGCUCUGUUCUGAAGAAUAAUGAUCGAAAAACAGAAACAUCCUAGACAUAUAGCGUUUGGUGUUUGUGGUUAGCAGUGUUCUUUUGGUGUUAGGUGUUGGUUCGUAUGUUAACUAAAACCUAUAAGGAAUUUUAAAUUUAAUAGUUUGCUGAAGAACAAACAAAAGACCAUUUGAUGGUGUUGUCGGUGUGAGUCUCUCUAACCAAACACUAAGGGGUUGCUGUAAAUUAGUGGGAUGUUUCUCUCUUAUGUCUCUAGUUUCUUCUUUCUUAAUCUUUUCCU